AUGGUGUUGAACCCAACGUACCUUGCGCAACGGACGCGCUCGUUCCCUCCCUUCUUUCCUUUCUCCGGUCGCCCGGGUGCACCUAGUGUGUCGUCGAUAUUGAAAGCUAACCGGGCCAUCGACACGUUAUUCCAGUCCCCCGAAAUUCAAACAAUGUACUCUCUAAAUCUUCCCGUAUCCGCAAUCCGCACAAAGAUCCGGCAGGAAUUUGAACGCCAUCGAUACGUCAACCAGUUGCCCGCCGUGGAUGUGCUGUUAUUCCAGAGCCAUGCUGAAUUUCAGGAAACCCUCAAUUUCUGGAAACAAUUGUCGCAUGUGAUGAAAUAUUUCCGCGCUGAAGAGGACCCAACCGCUAGGUUACCGAAGAAUUUCAUGCAAGGAUUCUUAGAGGUACGCACAACCCAUUUCAAACUACCUGGCGGGCCAAAUUAUUUACCGGAUUUCAGGGCCGGAACUAAACUUUGCUCCUGA